UAUGUUUUCCACAUACAGCUUUUGUGAUCUACAACUUCCUGAGCCUGUGUUACGAGUACCUGGGAGGGGAGAGUCAGAUCAUGUCUGAGAUACGAGGCAAGCCUAUCGAGUCCAGUUUUUUCUACUGCACAUGUUGCCUAGCAGGCAGACAGUACACCAUCGGAUUCUUGCGCUUCUGUAAACAGGCCACCCUGCAGUUCUGCAUUGUGAAGCCUGUCAUGGCCAUCCUCACCAUCAUCCUACAGUCAUUCGGCCUCUACCAGGACGGAAACUUCUCGCCGACCAGUGGGUACCUGUACAUCACCAUCAUCUACAACAUCUCCAUCAGCCUGGCCCUGUAUGCGCUCUUCCUCUUCUACUUCGCCACCAAGGACCUGCUGGCCAUGUACGACCCUCUGCUCAAGUUCUUCACCAUCAAGGCUGUCAUCUUCCUCUCCUUCUGGCAAUCUGUCCUGCUGGCCAUCUUUGAGACUGUGGACAUCAUCAGCCCCAUCUACUCGGAGAACGGGAAGGAGCGCAUCGGGACCGGCACCGUGGCCGCCGGCUGGCAGAACUUCUUCAUCUGCAUCGAGAUGUUCUUUGCCGCCAUCGCGCUACGCUAUGCCUUCCCUCACAAUGUGUACACAGAUGACCAACAUGACCUUGAGCGCCGAGAGCCCAUGAAGAGUAUCUCCAGCAGUCUGCGUGACACCAUGAACCCCAACGACGUGAUCCAGGACACUGUGCACAACUUCUCGCCGGCCUACCAGCAGUACACGCAGCAGAGCACCUCCGACAAGGAACUGGACAAGCCUCGCAACGGCGGCCACUUCGGGCGCUCCUCGUCCACCAACGAGAAGACAAUGCUGCUCAGCUCGGACGACGAGUUAUAGACGCGGCGGAGGCUGAGUGACGCUGCAAUGCCUUCCCUGUUGUAUCUUGAUAAGGAGGUGUUCAGAUGACAAACACAUCACUGCAGUUGGGAUGUUGUUGGAUUCUUUUAGAAGGUACUUUUCAUGGGCCAAGAGAAACUAUGAGCCUAGAUGUAAUUCUAUUGGUUUGUUUGUCUCAUUGUUUUAAUGAUUGUUGAUAUUUAGAACUAGUACAGAAAGGUGGCUGGGAAUGAUACAUUAUAGCUACAUAUAACAUGGCUAGGAACUAAGAACAGAGAUGAACAUGUGCAUACAUGUUGACAUAUAUGUAUGCUAUCACUGUUUAAAAGGGAUAGUAGUCCUUAAUAGAAGAAAAUUUUGUUGCAAAAAAAAUUAUGGUCCAAUUAUUGUUCCAUUGCUGUUGAGUGAGUAAGACAUCAUCAGAGGCUCAAUGCUUAUUGCAGUAUCACUGAAAGUAAAAUAGUAUGAAACCACCUGAUUGCCAGCUGGGAGUCUGUGGUUAACCAUCCCAUGCUAAGGUAGCCUUUGGCUACAUGUUGUACUCGUCAAGGGAUAAGGGAGUACUGACAUGGUGAAGUGCCACACAUACAUGUAGGAGGUGUGGAGGUGGUUAGGCUCCUUAGUCUUACAUCUAUUUUCCAAAGUCAAUUUGUCAAGCCAAAUGCUCAAAGAAGCAGAAAUGUUUUGAGACCAUUUAUAACGGGUGGUGUACAUGUAGCAAUUGGAAAUCAUUGUCAUGUCAGUGAUGAAUCCUUUAACUUAGGCUUCAUCAGUAUGUGCAUUGCUUUAGAUCAUGGGUAGUCAAUUCUUCUUCACACAGAAAAGGCUGGUUGUAAUCAGAAAAAGUUUUUGAGAAUAUCCGCAGUAAAAGUACCCAAAGUUCUGUAGAGCAUGCACAAACAGUCAGUUUACAUUGUAUUUUUUUAUGGUAGGAUAUGUCAUACACUUCAGUCAUAUUAAGUCUGAAUACCAGUGCUACAGGAAAUAUGAUGCUGUUUGAUAAUGGCCAGUGGGAAUGUGCUAUGUUCCUGGGUGCAGAGGUGCACCAGUAUUGAUGUACACAAGUAAAUGCAGCCACAUUUGUUCUAGUGUGCUUUGGUGCAGUUAUGAAGACGUAGUAUGAUUUGAGUGGGAUCAAUUUGCUUCUACGUGUUGAUGCUGUACAGUUGUUUUAAAUGUUUUAGUGAAGGGAUGUUUUUAAGCUUUAGUCUAGAAACUCUGCCAAAGUAAUGUUAGUGGUUAGUUUGCUCCAAGUAUGUUGUGAAGUACUCAGUGCAGUUGACUUUAAAAUGCAGGACCAAAACUAACAUUCCUUAACUACAACUAUCUUUACCUCAACCUUGCACUAAGCUCGUGGAAAUAUAUUGCUGCAAGACAAUGGUUUAGUUUUGUUUGUUUGGUUUGGUUUCAAAAUAGUGUAACAGUUGUUUUGAUCAUAAUGAUUUGCUUGUAACAUCUGCUUGAUCAUGACAUCAUGUACCACACAUUGUAGGUCAAUUUGCUUCACAGAUUUACUGUGGAAAACAUAUACUGGGUAACAGUCUUGGUAAAUGCCAGUGCAAGUUAAGUGAACAUACUGUAAUUUAUUACUAAGGGGCUUCUGUACCAGUACUGAUUGUAAAACGUUCAGCUACAGUUAACUGUACUUACUUUGAAAUAUAGUGAGAUUCUGUUGUACAACUUAGAAGUGACUGCUAAAUUGUUAUGCCACUGGUAUUAUGUGCCUAGGCAUUACAAUCUAUAUUCAAGCAAAGUGUUGUAUUACUAUUAGUAAGUUGAGAAAUGAAUGCCUGUUCCUUGGUAUGGCAUCAGUAUAGUAGCAAGCCCCAAAUGACGUAUGUUACCUAACAUUAAACUGUUCCAUGCAGGGGCACUAUACUCAUGUAUAGCGAGUACACAACUGUGUGCUCCCUUCUUUCGAUAAACAUAUCCCUGGUCCCCCACUGUACUUAAUGUAUGCAGUGUAGAAUGUAAACUUGUACAUAGUUAGUUGGUGCACUUUUUGCAGACUGUAUUUUCUCCCUUGUAUAGAUGUAAGCAGCUGUUGGAGAUCUACUAUCUCUUACAAAGACCAAAUUUUACAUUAUAACCAAUGGCUCUGAUGUACCAAGUCCUAUAUGAUGUAAGAACCAAACAUUAACACAAGAUGAUGCACUGUAUACAGACCUCAUGAUCCAGGGCUUGAAAUACUGGGUGCAUAUGCACCUUAGUGCAGGUAAAACUGCAGCUGUGCCGGUACAGUUUCUGAUGUCAGGGUGCACCUAAUCUGAGCUGGCCCAUGUGCUGGGUUCAUAUACAAAUGUAGGUGUAUGCAGAUUUUUAUUUGCUCCAUUCACUUUAACCACCUAUGAAGUAUAAAAGAAAUAAUGGCAAUGGUUUGUGAACAGUUUUAGUAUGAUCCAUACUUCCCAAAGUGUGAGUGGUGCAGGUAAAAUUUGUCAGGUACAGGUAAUUUUCAAUGUUACCUGCACCAGUGCAGGUAUGCAGAAAAAAGUAUUUUGAGCCCUGUGAUCUGAUCCAGACCCGCCGAGUUAUGUGUACAUGUUAUAUCCUUGACUGGCAUCAAGCAUUUACUGUUAAAUUAGUGCUGAAAACGGGACUCUAGUGAUAUAAACUGUUUUGUUUGUUUGUUUGUUGGGUACUUGUUAGUGUAAUUGUCGCUGUGCUUUGGUACCCAAUUAUGAUACUGUGAUGUGAAAGAUAUAUGCGGAUUGUAUUGAUUUAUGUACAGUGAUUAUAAUUGCAACCAAAUCCUUAUUUAUAUGGUAAUUUGUACUGUUUUGUAUUGAUGGUAUUUUGUUGUACACAUGUUACUAGUAUGUGAUUAGAAUGAGUCCUAAGAUAUGUGAUUGUUACUGUCAGGGUUAUUUUUAUCUUCCAGAAGAUGCUAAAGGUCCUUUGGAAGAGAAGAAAUGGGAAGUUACUAGGUUAAUAUUAUCCAACAGAACUUCAGAGAAUUAAAUGUGCAAAAAAAACUCCAAACAA